CUCGGGAGAGGAGACCACCACUUUCGCCUCCUCCCCUCCUUGUUCUUGUAUUAUUAUUAUAUUAUUAUUAUUUUAAGUUCACCUCUCAGGUCCACAAAGCGACAAGAUGGGCUCCGUGCUGCCCGCCGAAGCUUUGGCCCUCAAGUCUGGAUUUAAGUGUCCGGCCCGAGCGGCGCUGUCGGACGUGAUCACGUCGGACGUCCUGCACAGCUUCCUGUACGGCCGCUGGAGGAACGUCCUGCAGGGGGGCGAGCACCUGCAGGCCGCCGACGGCUGCACCAGGACCGCCUUCACCGCCGAAGUGCUGGCGCAGUCCUUUGCUGGAGAGGUGCAGAAGUUGUCCAGCCUGGUGCUCCCCACCGAGGUAAUCAUCGCGCAGAGCUCCAUCCCGGGAGAAGGUCUGGGAAUCUUCUCCAAGACCUGGAUCAAGGCCGGUACCGAGAUGGGCCCCUUCACGGGUAAAGUCCUGUCCCCGGAACACGUGGACCUGCUCAAGAACAACAAUUUGAUGUGGGAGGUGUUUAACGAGGAUGGCACUGUCAGGUACUUCAUCGAUGCCAGCCAGGAGGACCAACGGAGCUGGAUGACUUACAUCAAGUGCGCCCGUAACGAGCAGGAACAGAACCUGGAAGUGGUCCAGAUCGGCAGCAGCAUCUAUUACAAGGCCGUGGAGACUAUCCCACCAGACCAGGAGCUGCUGGUGUGGUAUGGAAACACUCACAACACAUUCCUGGGCAUCCCCGGAGUGCCGGGAACAGACGAAGAGCAGCAGCAGCAGCAGCAGCAGAAGAAGAACAGAAAUGAUGACUUGCAAUCCUGUGAGUUCUCAUGCUCGCCGCCCUCUUCCUCCUCCUCCUCCUCCUCCUCCUCCUCCGCUUCCUCCUCCUCCUCCUCCUCCGCUUGCACGGCCGGGCUCCUCACUUCAGGGCGCAUGCGCUGCGUCAUCUGCCACCGCGGCUUCAACUCGCGCAGCAACCUGCGCUCGCACAUGCGCAUCCACACGCUGGACAAGCCGUUCGUGUGCCGCUUCUGCAACCGCCGCUUCAGCCAGUCGUCCACCCUACGCAACCACGUCCGCCUCCACACCGGCGAGCGACCCUACAAGUGUCACGUGUGCCAGAGCGCCUACUCGCAGCUGGCGGGGCUGCGCGCGCACCAGAAGAGCGCACGCCACAAGCCCGCCUUGGCCGCGGUCCCCGAGGCUACUGCGCAGGCGUCGCCGCCUCUUCCUCCUCCUCCUCCUCCUGCCGCCGUCCAGCAAAUGGCGCCCGCGGUCCGCCACCACCACCAUCACAUUCCGAUGGUACACCACAUUCCCGCCUUGGUGCUCUGACAAGUAAGACAACACCAAAGAUGCACUUUAGCGAAGAGCUCGAGUGGAGAGGAGGCGCCACGCGUUUAUUUAUGUGUUAACAAAGGGGGGAAAAAAAUCCUGAGACAACUCACCUAGCACGUGACCAAAGACUUGGAGGAAAAAAAUUACGUGAUUGAAACAUCCAGAAACAGUCGUGAGAUCAACACAGGGGUCACCAACCUUUUUGAAACAGAGCUACUUCUUUGCUACCGAUUAAUGCAAAGCGCUAACAGUUAGAUACACACCUCUGAAAUAACACAUUUACUCAAUUUACUUUGAAUUAUGUUAUUAUUAAUAAUAUUCAUCUUGGUGAAUAAACUGAUCAUGUUAAUGAGUUCUCACUAUAAUAAUCAACAAUGAUUUAACAAGGUGGGAAGCAGAGAAAUAUCAAUAAGCAAAACUUUAUUCCCAUAAAUCUUGAACGUUUUUACAGUUUCAAAGGAGCAUUUUACAACUUUCCUAGGAAAUCACAAUGUGCCAUCACUUCAGUUAUUUUUAGAACAGGCCCACGGGCUACGCAUGUGCUCCUUGGGAGCCCACGGGCACCAUGUUGGUGACCCCUGCGCCACGUGAUUGAAACAUCACGCCAAUCUGCGUGAACUCACACGUCACGUGGUCGAGACUUCUCUCCCAUACGCUUCACUGAAUUUUAUUUAUAUAGCACUUUUCACAGAGCGGACUCGCAAAGUGCUUCACAUAGUUAAAAUACAGUCAUACAUAAAGUCCAUAGAAUACAGAGGCAAAAUGCAAAAAAAAUAAAAUAGCUAAGUGUAAAAUCGCCUGGCACGUGACCCAAAGACUUGAAAAAGACGACCCGCCUGUCACGUGAUCAAAGCAUCCCGCCAAUGCUCUCGGGCUCACACGUCACGUGACCCCAAUCCGAGCCGUUUCUAUGGAGUCGUACGGCACACACUUUUCAAAUAAAAUUGUCACUUUAAACUUGUACAGACCGAAAAAUUGUGUAAUAUUAAAAAAAAUAAGUAAAUGUAUGCUACUGUAUAUGUGAGUGUAAAUACAUUUGCGCUUCUUGUAUUCUAAAUAAAUCAUAUGAAUUUACUGGUAUGUGUACUUGUUCAUUUUGAAUGUCCAUUCAACAUAAUAAUAGAGAAUUGUACAGUACUGUAUUACUUUCGAUCUAUGGUCCUUGUAAAAUACUUUUUUCUUUUGCUGGGUUACGAAUGUAGAGUCACUCACUUCACAAUGUUCUAUAUUAUGUGUUGCAUGUAUAAAUAUGUUUUUAGGACAAAUAAUGUAUACAAUAGAGAAUCAACCGGAACAAUAAUUAAAUCGGUAUCCAAUCAUGUUUUUAGGAAUUCGCUGUGUAUUUUUUAAAUUGUGUAGCGUUUUUCUUCUUAUUUUGCAGCUUCAAUUAUUUUCCAAAUACACAAGCAGCAAAAAUGAACAUCUGAGGCUUUCAUGAAACACGCACAAAAUAAGGUGACUACAACCGUUUAUUUGGAAUCAAAUGAGAUGAUCAUGACCACUGGUGUGUCCAAAUUACGGGCCGGGGGCCGUUUCUGACCCGCCAUCUAUUUUUAGCGGCCCGCGGCAUAGAUUAAUAUGAACAUUUGACACGGCCUGCGUUGUUUGACCGCAUUGUACUCCAGUACUUUCUACAAUGGGUGGCAAGGCAGGAGAAGAGAAGAAUUUCGUUCUUAUCUCUCACUUCCUUCUUUUCUGCCAAUCACACAUCAUUCG